GGCCGCCUUUAUCCCCUGGGCCCAGAGCUAGAGCCGCCCCCGCGCGCCCGCUCACCCACCAGCCGGACCCCAGAGACCUACGCGUCCCAUGUCCCCAGCUCGGCCAGCUGCCACCAGCCAGGUCGCCGCCGCCGUCGCCACCGCCGCUGCGCCAGCCUUCCGGCUCCAGUCCCCCUGAUAUCCCAGGUAGCUCCCAGGACCCCAGAGACAAAAGUAGAAAUGGAAGAGACCUUUGUGGUGGAGAGCCCAGAUGUCACUUAUGGGCCUGACUUCAUCCAGGCCGGCUACAAGUACCAGACAACCCGGGUCAGCCGGGAUGGAGGCAAUAUUAAGGUGCACCCUAUUUCUGCCCACUUUACGUUCCGUACUGAGCGGAGAGUGCCCCGAUUAGGGGUCAUGCUAGUGGGAUGGGGUGGAAACAACGGUUCCACGGUGACAGCAGCCGUGUUGGCCAACCGACUUCACCUCUCCUGGAUGACCAAGACUGGUAAGAAGGAAGCCAACUAUUAUGGUUCUCUGCUGCAAGCUGCCACAGUAAGCCUGGGCAGUGAUGACCAUGGCCAAGAUACCCAUGUUCCCUUCCGUGCCCUGCUGCCCAUGGUCUCGCCCAAUGACAUUGUCUUCGAUGGCUGGGACAUCUCUUCCCUGAACCUGGCAGAGGCCAUGAAGCGGGCACAGGUGCUGGACUGGGCGCUGCAGGAACAGCUGCGGCCCCAUAUGGAGCAGCUGCAGCCCCGGCCCUCGGUCUACAUCCCCAAGUUCAUUGCAGCGAAUCAGGAGAGCCGAGCAGAUAACCUCAUUCUUGGCUCUCGGGCCCAGCAGCUGGAGCAGAUCCGCAGGGACAUCCGUGAGUUCCGGGCCAGCAGUGGGGUGGACAAGGUCAUCGUCUUGUGGACAGCCAACACCGAGUGCUUCUGUGAUGUGGUGCCUGGGCUCAAUGACACGGCUGAAAACCUGCUUCAUGCCAUUGAGCGGGACCUUGAGGUGUCCCCUUCUACCCUGUUUGCGGUAGCCAGCAUCCUGGAAGGCUGCGCCUACCUCAACGGUGCUCCCCAGAACACCUUCGUGCCAGGUGCGAUAGAGCUAGCCAUGCAGAGACGGGUCUUCAUCGGAGGAGACGACUUCAAGUCUGGCCAAACCAAGAUCAAAUCAGUGCUUGUUGACUUCCUCAUUAGUGCCGGCCUGAAGACGGUGUCCAUCGUUAGCUACAACCACCUGGGUAACAAUGAUGGCCAGAAUUUGUCAGCCCCAAAGCAGUUCCAUUCCAAGGAGGUCUCUAAGAGCAACGUCGUGGACGAUAUGGUGCAGAGCAACCCACUGCUGUACGGCCCUGGGGAGGGGCCUGACCACUGUGUCGUGAUCAGAUAUGUCCCUUACGUGGGGGACAGCAAGCGAGCUCUGGAUGAGUACACAUCAGAGAUCAUGCUCGGGGGCACCAACACCAUCGUCCUUCAUAACACUUGUGAGGACUCCCUCCUGGCCAGCCCCAUCAUCCUGGACCUAGUGAUCCUCACGGAGCUGUGCCAGCGCAUCACCUUCUGCACCGACAGUGACCCCCACUUCCAGAACUUCCACUCGGUGCUGUCCAUUCUUAGCUUUCUCUGCAAGGCCCCGAUGGUGCCCCCGGGCACCCCCGUGGUCAAUGCCCUCUUCCGGCAGAGAAGCUGCAUAGAGAACAUUCUCAGGGCGUGUGUGGGUCUUGCCCCCCAGAACCACAUGUUGCUGGAGCACAAGAUGGAGCGUGUAAGCAGCGAGUUUCGACGUGAGGGUGCCGAAGCCCCCACCUGCCCUGUGCCCCAGAAGAAGGGGGCGGCAGCUUUCCCCCCCAAUGGUUAUGUGGGUGGCGCCGAUGGGCACACACAUGCCAGUGCCCAGCAUGCCCCUGCCUCCUAGCAGCCUUGGGAUCGUCACCAAUGAUCCCUGCCAGUCUUAGCCCACCGAGGCCUCUGUGAAUCCAGCCUCUCCCAUCGCAAUAAAUCUGGCAUGAGAACGGCA